AUGCGACAGAUGUGUGCGUCCCCAUAUCCAAACUCCCCCAAAUCAUAGUGGAAACGAAAGAAGACCUGAUCCAGUCACAGCUCACAGGUCCUAUAGCUGGACAUGUCGGUGAUGGAAACUUUCACUGUUUAAUGGUGCUGGACCUGAGUGACCUGGAGGAAGUGCAAAGAGUGAAGGAAUUUACAAACAGACUGGCCAGGAGGGCGCUCGAUCUGGGCGGAACCUGUACCGGUGAGCAUGGCAUUGGCAUAGGAAAGCGCGCAUUACUGCAAGAGGAAGUUGGUGACAUCGGCCUCAUGGCAAUGAGACAGAUCAAAGCUGCACUGGAUCCUAAGAAUCUUAUGAACCCUGGGAAAGUGAUCUAAGUAUAGUGUGUUCUAUAUACGAGGACAGUCUGCUGCAGCAGCAGGACCCCUACCGUAGGCACUAUGCAGAGUGUGUGCUCCCUACCUCUGGAAUUCUCUACCUCUUCCUAACAGACUCUCCAGGGGCACUCAAGUCGUACUUCUUCACCAUACCCAGCCGUCUCUCAUCCUAACCCUCUGCUACAUGCCUCACUUCUACCCCGUCUCUCAUCCUAACCCUCUGCUGCAUGCUCACUUCUACCUCAUAUCUCAUCCUAACCCUCUGCUACAUGGCUCACUUCUACCUCAUAUCUCAUCCUAACCCUCUCUGCUACAUGGCUCACUUCUACCCCAUCUCUCAUCCUAACCCUCUGCUACAUGGCUCACUUCUACCCCAUCUCUCAUCCUAACCGUCUGCUACAUGGCUCACUUCUACCCCAUCUCUCAUCCUAACCCUCUGCUACAUGGCUCACUUCUACCCCAUCUCUCAUCCUAACCCUCUGCUACAUGACUCCCUUCCACCCCAUCUCUCAUCCUAACCCUCUGCUACAUGGCUCACUUCUACCCCAUCUCUCAUCCUAACCCUCUGCUACAUGGCUCACUUCUACCCCAUCUCUCAUCCUAACCCUCUGCUACAUGCCUCACUUCUACCCCAUCUCUCAUCCUAACCCUCUGCUACAUGGCUCACUUCUACCCCAUCUCUCAUCCUAACCCUCUGCUACAUGGCUCACUUCUACCCCAUCUCUCAUCCUAACCCUCUGCUACAUGCCUCACUUCUACCCCAUCUCUCAUCCUAACCCUCUGCUACAUGGCUCACUUCUACCUCAUCUCUCAUGCUUACUGUCACGAUCGGAUCCCAGAAUAUUUCUCCUAUUGUGUGUGAUAUAAGAUGUCAUUUCCUGUGAAUUGCCUGUGGACAUAACCCCAGGGGGGGCUAAGAGAUCUGCCUGCCAUUUCCCUCUUCUAGGUUGUAAAUAUUUUGGACAUAACCCCAGUGGGGCAAGGAGAUUAUCACGGAGUGCAUUUCACCAUGUCACUAUGUCAUGAGGCCAUAGAUGUGUUUAGUAGUGACGAGAUCAAAACCCAACAAUAAAGUGGAGAAGAAAUUUAUGUUUGAGGUUCUGGUCUCUCAUCCAGUCAUAAAUGAUUGGAGUGUGGAAGACGGCAUCAUUCAGUUCCCAUCAACCUGAUCAGAUUAUGCAGGGCAUGGAAUGUCUGUGUGUGUUUUGGUAACUGGCCGAAGGUGUUUUAAUUGUGGUGAAGUGGGGCACAUCAGUUUUAAUCGCCCCAAAAAGAAAUCUCCUGUGGGGGGCCCAGCCGUGCAACCUGUGCCCGCCGUCCUGUGUGUAGAAAGACCCCAAGAAAGACGACGCGACAAUUUACAAACAGUCCAGGUAGGACAAAGGGUGGCGCUUGGGCUAUUAGACUCGGGUGCAGAUCUGACUCUCAUAGAUUCAGCGUUGGUGGGCCCGGAGAGCAUUAUACUGGGGAAGACUAUUGCUGUACGGGGAGUGGGAGGGAUCAACCCUAAAGUUCCUAUGGCCUGAAUAUAUCUUGACUGGGGGGUUUUAAGAGGCAUCUGGGAUGUUGGGGUGCUGGACUAUCUACCUUCCAGUGUGCUUGUGGGGACUGGUGUAGGAAAGAUGCGCACUGCCUAUGUAACUGGAAGUGAUACAGUGUUACUAGCUAACCCUUCUUUUCCUCAGGUGACGCCGCACAACAUUAAUGCAAAUGUAUGUGAUGUUAAGAGUGUUGCAGACUUGUGUGCACCAGAACCUAACACUUUGCACUUUCACAGUGCGGAAUCCAGUCAGGCAAAAGUGUGUCACAAUGCAUGUCCUAAUGUAGAGUUGUGUGAUGUAUUAUUACCAGAUAAUAUUGUGUGGUGAGACAGCGUUCAUUUCACCAGGGAAUGCAGUACAGGUUGAGUAUCCCAUAUCCAAAUAUCCGAAAUACGGAAUAUUCCGAAAUACGGACUUUUUUGAGCGAGAGUGAGAUAGUGAAACUUUUGUUUUCUGAUGGCUCAAUGUACACAAACUUUGUUUAAUACACAGUUAUUAAAAAUAUUGUAUUAAAUGACCUUCAGACUCUGUAUAUAAGGUGUAUAUGAAACAUAAAUGAAUUGUGUGAAUGUAGACACACUUUGUUUAAUGCACAAAGUUAUAAAAAAUAUUGGCUAAAAUGACCUUCAGGCUGUGUGUAUAAGGUGUAUAUGUAACAUAAAUACAUUCUGUGCUUAGACUUAGGUCCCAUCACCAUGAUAUCUCAUUAUGGUAUGCAAUUAUUCCAAAAUACGGAAAAAUCCGAUAUCCAAAAUACCUCUGGUCCCAAGCAUUUUGGAUAAGGGAUACUCAACCUGUAAUUGCCUGGUCACAACUUCCCUGUACGGGGUAAAGAAAAGCCAUCCAGCCUCAGAGAAAGUGCUUUGCAGCCAGGUAAAAGAACCUGAUUCAGUGCAAAGCCCAGAUAGGGGCUUUGAGGUGUGGUUGAGGGAGAAAAGGGUGGGCUCUCAACCACACAGCUCUGGUCAAGGUGUUCGGACCUUCCCCGCCACAGCUGGGAAUUGGUCUAAUUGUACGGGCAGGGAUUUAAACCCUGCUCAGUCUACUGCUCAGGACACUGGUGCCGAUAAGCGGCCACCAAGCAGGGAAUGUUUCCACUAGUGCUAGGGACUUGGACCGUCAGUGUCCGAAGGCACAGAGAGACCGUGCAUACGGUCAGUGGAUUGGACAAUAUUUCUUUUGUUUGGUGUGAAGUUUGUUUACUGCUGGUAUGCCAUUAAAUACUUGCAGAAACUCUGUA